GCAAUUUUUGACAUAUUAUUUGGCAAUAUUGUUUGUUCCUCUUACUCAUUUUUGCUUGUUAGAUUUUUCUUUAAAUUCUUUUUAGCGAAAAAAUUGUUGGAAAUGGGAUUUGGUCCCCAACUUUCUUUGCUGCUUUGGAAGAAUUUAAUUGUUUUGUGGCGAAGCAAAUGUAUGUUUCUUUUAGAACUUGCAUUUUUGUUUAUUCUUUUGCCCGUCGUUCUGGUUGUUGUGAGAUAUGCUCCAAAGCCAGAGAUUGAGGAGCAAUAUUCUUUUGAACCAUUUCAAGUAACGGGAGAUUCUCUAGACAUCAAUAGAAGUAUUUCCCACAUUAGCAGCAUUGACAAAUAUUACAAUUGUGGACGUGAUGUUGAUAUCCAUCUUGGAUUUAGUUAUGAGCCCGGAAUGGAUAAAUUGGCAUUCGAAAUCAUGGAGGCGUUAAGUGAACGUUACUCGGAUAAUGAGACGAUGCGUAUUUUUAUUCACAACUUUACUCGUCUCGAAACGAUGAUGGAAGUUUUGAAAGAAGAUUUAAAUAGUACUAGGGAAUAUAUGUGCAGUGAAUAUAUCGGCGGUGUUCAUUUCCAAAAUGUACGCCUUCAGAGUGGGAAAUCUAAACCUCAACUUGUCUACCGUAUUUUGAUGCCUCAGAAGACUAACAUGCUUACUGAAAAUAACGACUUUGAUCUUUCAUUAUUUUGGUUUGAUAAUAGUCCAAACAGUGCACAGGCUGACCACAAUCAAAUACCAGGCAAGCCACCAUAUUGGCAAAGAGGAUUUCUUUCAAUUCAGUUUGCAAUCGAAAGUACUUUUAUCGAAAUGAACAAAGGUCCAGACUAUAUGAAAAAUAAAGAUUUAUAUCUUUUGCGUGUCCCUAUCGAUAAAUCAAUGGAUGGUGGGAUUUUCUUUUUUCUGAAGGGUGUUAUGGUUCUAUGGCUUUUAUCUAUUUCUGGAAUCAUGUUACAUACUUCGAAAGAAAUUGUUAUUGAUAAAGAAGCUGGAAUUAAGACUUACAUGUCUGUAAUGGGAUUACAUCCACUGGCUUUUUAUUUAUCCCAUAUUAUUUUUGGAAUUAUCAAAUCAACUGCUGUUAUGGUUAUUUGCACUGCAUUACUUUCGAUUAGACUUCAAUUUUCGAGUUCUUUACUUUUCAUUACUCUCACUGUUCUUUUUGCCGUUUCAAUGAUUUUUAUGUCAGCUUUAUUUUCUGCAAUCUUCAAAACAACACAACUUGCACAACUUUUUUGUAUGGUUAUCCCAAUCCUUCUUGUUAUUCUCAACCAUCAACUUGCGCCAGCAAUUACAAAUGUGUGGCUCUGCUUUUUGUUUUCUUUGAAUCCAAUUACAGCCUUUUAUUAUGGUUUAGCUCACAUCAUUAAUGCUGAAAAGAAUAUGAUUUAUCUUGGUUGGUUUUCAAUCUUCGACAAUGGAACCACUCAAUUCACAAUUGCUUAUGUUCUGUUUAUGUUCAUUGUUGACUCUGCCGUUCUUUGCUUUUUGAUCUUCUAUAUUGACUCCGUUUUCCCCACUGAUGGUUCUGCAAAAAAGCAUCCAUUAUUUCUUUUUGAGAAUUUUUGGAAAAGGCAUUCACAUCAACGUCUUAAUAAAAUGCCACCAGUUGAUCAGACCGAUUCAAAAAUUCUUAUCGAAAAUAUGGAACCAGAAAAUGCAAGCAUUGACGAGGCUGAUAUUAUUAUUCAGAAUCUCAGCAAGCGUUUUGGUUUUUGGGGAAAUCUUGCCGUUGACAAUCUUAAUUUUAGAGCUUAUCGUGGACAAGUAACCGUUUUACUUGGACAUAAUGGAGCUGGAAAGACUACAACAUUUUCUAUGAUUACCGGGUCUAUUACCUCUUCUGGUGGUUAUGUAAUUAUUUGUGGUAGAAAUUUGGAAGACAAUUUGGAUGAUUGUCGGAAAGUCAUUGGUUAUUGUCCACAACACAAUCCAUUGUUCGAAAAAGUAACUGUCAGGGAGCAUUUACAACUUUAUGCUGGUCUUAAAACUUCGACACUGAAUGGACCUCAUGGAAAAAAUAUUUUAAAUGAAGAAAUUGCUGAUAUACUUGAUAGCAUAAAUCUGCGUGCUUCAAUAGAUAUACAAUCUCAAAAUCUGAGUGGCGGUCAAAAACGUAAACUUUGUGUUGCUAUUUCUUUGGUUGCUGGAAGCCAAGUUGUUCUGCUUGACGAACCUACAGCUGGAAUGGAUCCGAUAGCUCGAAAAGAAAUAUCUACUUUGCUUACAAAAAUCAAAAAGGAUAGGACAAUUCUGUUAACUACUCAUUAUAUGGAUGAAGCUGAUAAAUUGGGUGAUAGAGUUGGGAUAAUGGUCAACGGUCGUUUGAUGUGUAAUGGGUCACCUGAUUUUCUGAAGAAAAAAUUCGGAACCGGCUUUAUUCUCACUAUUGUAUGCAAUUCUCAGCCACAAUUUUUCUUUGAAAACAUUGAAGAAAUUCUUACAACAAUUCAGAAGCACUCACCUGAUGCGUAUGUCUAUCGAUCAAAUCGAUUUCCACAAUUUUCUAUAAUAUUGCCUAUUUCUGACAAAAGACAUUUUGCUGAUUUAUUUGACGAGCUCCAAUUUGAAAAAGAACGGCUUUGUAUUGAAUCAUUUGGACUUUCUCUCAAUACGCUUGAACAAGUUUUUCUAAGAGUAGGUGAACUUGCUGAACCAGAGGAACACAAAGCUUUUAGUGAAGAUGUUGUGGAUGGUAAUGUAACUGAAACUCCGGCACAAAAACUUGCUUCAACAUUAUUUGGUUUUGUUAACACAAACUUCUCAAAAAUUAAAUUAUGGUUGCGACAAAUAUUUGCUUUGUUAUGGCGUCAAUAUCUUUGGACCAUUCGAAAUCCGUUGAGAAGUCUUUUACCAAUUGCUAUCGCCCUUCUUUUGUUCUACUUGAUUAAGCCUUCGUCUAGUCCUAAAGAUUCUGCUGAUAAUAAACAUCGCUCUCUUUCUCUUGCUGACGCUAACGAAGAAUUUAGGAUUCCUAUUCAGAUAGCAGAUCCAAAACUUCGUAAAGUAUUUACGGAUCUUUCGGAGGGUGUAUGUUCAAAUUGUCAUUUUAACAUUGAUCCGAAGAAGGAUUUGCAUAGCGAACUCAAAAAUUAUGUACAUCAGAUGCCUCCAAUGGUUGCAGGUGUUGCCAUUUAUGAAAACAAAUCGUCAGGUCAUCUUCAAUUUGAGGCUAUUUUUAAUGGACUUGCUAUCCACUCUCCUCCAAGUGCAAUUUCAUUUAUUAGCAAUGGAUUACUUGGCUCUAAAUCUUCUUCGAUUCGUCUUACAAUUGAAGUUUAUGAUAUUCCAAGAACAAUUCCUGAAGAUAUUUCAGCAAUAUUUACGCAAAUUGCUUUAUCUAUUGGCAUAAUUUUAUGCUUUUCAAUAUUUUCUGCAUCAAUGCUAGUUCCACUGGUCGAAGAGAGAAGCAUUAAAUUCAAACAUCAACUUAUGCUCACAAAAUUACACGUUGUAACUUAUUGGAUUUCGGUGUUCAUUUGGAAUGCUAUAUUUUAUACAUUUUACUGUUCCUUCCUUCUCUUAUUUUUCCUUUAUUUUGGUUGGAUGAAGGGACAUUUUGGAAGUCUUAUCCAAUUGUGGGCUGCAUAUCUUUGGUGUUAUGUUGCCCAAAUUGCAUUUGUUUCGUUCUUGUUUGAUAAAUGGCAAAGAGCAUUUACAGCUUUAUUUUCAUGGGGGACUAUUACCUCAAUUUUCUUCCGUGUGUUGACAAUUAUUUUAACUUUUAUGCUUCAUUACGCCGAUGAAAAACAUCUAAUUGAUCCAUUGAAUCAAUUCUUUUAUAUAAUCAAUCCAAUAUAUGUUUUUAGUAUGGGCAUUGUCAAAAUAUCACUGUCUACAGUAUUCAGUAAUGGAUGGCUUCUUAAGGAAGAAGUGCUUACUCUGUUAAUUUCUGGUUGUGUGUUUUGGAUUCUAGUUGUGCUUGUUCAAUCUCGAACGAUUUCAACUAAAUUUAACAUCAUAUAUUCAAAUUUAAACAACAAAGAUCCGCUCAGAAAUAGUAAAUCAGAGGAUAUUGAUGUUCAAACUGAGCGAUCUCGACUUGUCUCUACAAACGAUAUCGAGUUUGUAUUGGCAGUGAGAGAUCUGACAAAACUUUAUAGUAAUUUCCCUGCCCUUCAAAAACUCACAUUUGGCAUUAGUGGCAAUGAAUGUUUUGGAUUACUAGGUGUAAAUGGUGCUGGCAAAACUACAACAUUUGACAUUCUUACGGGAGUGCGUUUUGCUACAUCCGGUUCUGCGACGGUCGAUGGUGUUAAUGUUAAUGCGGGACCUGCAAUUGGUUAUUGUCCUCAGUUUGAUGCGAUUCCAAUGGAAUUGACGGGCAGACAGGUGCUUAAACUUGUUGCUCGUCUCAAUGGAUUAUCUGAUGUUUCGACGCGUAUUCGUCAAAUUCUUCAUGCCAUUCGCUUAGAAGAGCAUGCUGAUAAAUUAAUUAAAAAAUACAGUGGUGGACAACGCCGUAGAAUUUCCAUUGGUUUGGCUUUGCUUACACGCUCUUCCUUGAUUAUGCUUGAUGAACCCACAGCCGGUAUUGAUCCAUCAACUCGUCGACAGAUUUGGAAUUUGUUACAAGCAAUUCGUCAACAAGGCAUUGCAAUUCUUUUGACUUCACAUUCUAUGGAGGAAUGUGAAGAAUUGUGUAGUCGAAUCGCUUUUCUCAACAAAGGGUUGAUGAUUGGUAUUGGCAGUAGUCAACAUUUAAAGAGCAGAUUUGGAGGCAGUUUCUUGUUAGCAAUUACAAUUUCUAAUCCAUCUGAAGAGAUAACACAAAAAUUAAACCAAAUUGUCGGUGAAGAAUUUGAGAAUGCAAAAAUGCUGGACGAUCCAUCUGCAUCUAAUAUACUCCGCUGGGAAAUUCCAAAAUCUGUUGAUGGAAUUUGGGGCAAAUUAUUCAGACAGGCACAAAAUUUAGCCGAUACAUACAAUGAUUCUCCGUCUGAUUUGAAUUUGCCACGAAUUGUUGAUUUUACUUUAACACAGAAUUCACUUGAGCAAGUAUUUUUGCGUCUUUCUGGUAAAGAAUUUGAGAAAUGA